AUGUCAGUUGCAAUAAUCUUGGUGGUGGUAUUAACCAGUCUGAUUCCGAUUUACGCCGACAUUCACGACGCCGGCAAAAUAUGCGACGAACUUGGCCGGAGAUCAUGGAGUUCAAGACCACACAGUGUGUCAAUCUCAGAGUUUGGAGCUGUUGGAGAUGGCAAAACGCUCAACACUCUCGCGUUUCAAAACGCCGUUUUCUAUCUAAUGUCAUUCGCCGACAAAGGUGGGGCGCAGCUCUAUGUCCCGCCGGGAAAAUGGCUCACCGGAAGUUUCAGCCUCACCAGCCACCUCACCCUCUUUCUCGAAAACGGCGCCGUUAUAGUUGCCUCUCAGGAUCCGUCGCAUUGGGAAAUUGUUGAUCCGUUACCUUCGUAUGGACGAGGAAUCGAUUUGCCCGGGAAGCGAUACAUGAGUUUGAUAAACGGUUAUAAGCUACAUGAUGUUGUUGUAACAGGUGAUAAUGGUACUAUAGAUGGUCAAGGCUUGGUUUGGUGGGAUCGGUUUACUUCACAUUCCUUGAAGUAUAGCCGUCCUAACCUUAUCGAGUUUAUUUCAUCCGAAAAUGUAGCCGUCUCGAAUCUUACGUUCUUGAAUGCUCCUGCUUAUACAAUCCAUUCAAUCUACUCUAGCCAUGUGUAUAUUUCGAAGAUAUUAGCUCAUUCUACUCCUGAAUCUCCGUAUACAAUCGGUAUUGUCCCAGAUUCUUCUGAUAAUGUUUGCAUCCAAAACUCUACCAUUAAUACGGGGUAUGACGCGAUAUCCCUCAAAAGCGGUUGGGAUGAAUAUGGAAUUGCUUAUGCGCGUGCCACUGCAAAUGUUCAUAUAAGAAAUAUUUACCUUCAAUCAGCUUCUGGUUCGUCUAUAUCAUUUGGUAGUGAAAUGUCCGGUGGAAUAUCAGAUGUCGUGGUCGACAAUGCCGUUAUACGCAACUCAUUAACCGGCAUUGCCUUUAGAACCACAAGAGGAAGAGGUGGUUACAUCAAAGAGAUCAAUAUUUCAAAUAUCUAUAUGUCGAGAAUUGGUACUGCUAUUGUGGCGAAUGGUAGCUUUGGAACUCACCCGGAUGAUAAAUACGACGAAAAUGCUCUCCCACUUGUUAGUCACAUCAGAUUAAACAACAUUUCUGGAGUACACAUCGGUGUUGCGGGGAAAUUGUUUGGGAUCAAAGAGUCUCCUUUUAGCUCACUGGCUUUAUCCAAUGUUUCUUUGUCGAUGAACUCGGGUUCUAAUGUUACUUGGCAAUGCUCCUAUGUCUACGGCUCUUCAGUUUCCGUGAGUCCUGAACCGUGUCCCGAGCUGAACAGAGAUGAUAAUGCUUACGGUAGAGCUGCAGUCUAA